CAAAGCUUCCAAGCUGUAAACAGUGAAGACGACCUUCUCAUUAAAAUUUCCACCAUUGGAGCUUUAGUUUAGUAGCUCUGCAAUUUAAACCUUAAAUCAAACCAUUUUUUACAGUUGAAAACGAGUCAGGAGCAACACAUUUUCUUUGUGGAACCCUUGAACCCACUUCGAGACCCAGCUCCUGAUAGAUCGAUCAUGAAUUUAGGGUUUUCUCGCCGGCCACUAUCGGUUGCUUGAAAACUUUUGUGACACGAUGUCAAGACCUAUGUUACUUGUCUUUCUGCUGCUUGUUCUCAUAAUAACCUCUCAAUUUGAGUGGAGACAACCUCUGGUAAAUGACAUUGGUUCCACUCCUAGCAUCAGCCAGAAGCAACACCAAAUUUCUAAGCGGGAAGAAGCUGUGAAAGAGAAGAUUAUUUUAUCCCAGGAGAAGAACAUUCAGAGACUCAAUAAGCUUAUACAGAGUCUGCGAGAGCAAUUGUCGCUCUGCAGGGAAAAUAACAAGACAGCAAAUAGUAAUGCGAACCCAUUGCCAGAUCAUGUCCUUAAGCUUGAACGACAGCGCAGCCUGGACCCCGGAGGACUAGGCUAGCUGCUUAGUAUUAUUAUCUGUUCAAUGAUUCUGAUACGUCAAGUGUGUCGUAUAACAAAAUCAAGUUAUCUAAAUUAUUUCUUAAAAACUGUUGGGAAUGUCAACUGUCCACCAUGUCCUAUUACCCUGUGUAUAGUUGAUAAUUAAAUGGAAGGCAUUUGUGUUUAUCCACGCAUAUGAUGGUUCUCUAUCAUA